AUGAAUUCGCCUUGGUAAUAAUAGAUAAAAAAAAUUCAAUGUCAAAAUAAAGCCGGAUUCGGGUUGUGCGUUGUUUUGAUUAUAUUACAAAAUUUGCCUUGAUAUUACAAUUACAUAUGGAAAAUUAAAAAUUUAUGAUAAACCGUUGUGCUUUUUGUAAGCGAAAAUAUGGGUUGUUGUGUUUUGUGUAAAAAAAAAGUAAAGCGAGGUGCUGGAGCAUUUUUUCAAGUUCCCCAAGAUGAUGAAAGAUAUACACUCUGGAAGCGUAUUUGCCAAAGGGAAUUUAAGAAACGAGAUUUGGUAUGCGCAGACCAUUUUUCGCCUACUGAUUAUAUAUUGGGACAAAAAAGGGCGACGUUACUGCCUAAGGCGGUACCAAUACCACCGUCACCAAACUCAACAUUUAUUUCGCCUAUUGAAGAUGACUCUGUAGGUGAUCAGGAAGAAGGAAUAACUAGAAGUUCUUUAAGCAUGUCUAAACGUACGUGUAUUAUGGGUUGUCCACCUAUGGGUCAUCCAAAGUACCCAUUUCCCUGGGAUAAAGAUAGAAGCAGACGUAAAAUGUGGUUUCAACAAUUUACUUUGGAUCCUGCCGUAUACACUCAAAAAUACCUCUACGCAUGUCGCCGUCAUUUUAGCUCAUAUAUGACACUGGGUAGGAAUCUGCGUCAUAAUGCCUACCCUGAUGUGAAUUUAUAUCCAUUUAGUGCGAAUCGGCCAUAUGCGGAAAAGUACAGUUAUUACGAGAACGCAUAUUCAAAGCCAGACGAGCGAUAUCAUGAUAAUGUUGGUAAGAAAGCAGAGGAUUUUGUACAAACUCACGUUACAGAUAUACAAUAUGCGCCUGUAUCAUACCAGUUUUCGAAGAACAAUUACCUCCAUGAAAAUGGAGCAAAAAUAGUUACUCAUAUCGGUGCCAACGAACAGAUAAUAAGUACUAAUCAACAGUCUGCAAUAAAAAUUGAAAGUAAACGAGAGUGUAUUUUAAAAUGUCCCGGUAUGCACACAUAUUAUCGUAUACCAUCAGCCGAUACGGAUUUAGAACUACGAAAAAAGUGGUUCUACUUGCUUGGCAAGGAUCCUGCUUUAUACACAAAAAAUAAUGUUUAUGUCUGCAAUUUGCAUUUCGAUGAGCAUAUGAUAUGUCUUAAGAGACUAGUACGUGGUGGUUAUCCAAAUAAGAAUCUCCCGCCACCAUUGCGGAAACCAGUUCCCGAAGCAUGGGAACAGCAGACAGAAUGCAUUCAAAAAUGUACAGAUUAUACAAGGAAGUAUCCAUUUCCAUCUUAUGGAAAAGAGAAAGUGAGGCGCCAAUCGUGGUUAAAACAAUUUAAUCGUGUUCCUGAACUCUACAAAGAUGCUUAUAUCUACGCUUGCGAUCGACAUUUCACUGAUCGAGAACGUGUUGGUCCAUAUUUAUAUCCAGAAGCCAUUCCGGAACUAAAUCUGCCACCAAACAAUACCGCGAAUGGAUCACAAGCAAGCUAUAUAAGUAAAAAAUGGUCACUGCAAAGAUUAGAUGCGUUAGCAAAGAACAAAACAGGUCAACCGCCAACAGAAUAUGUUCAUACAACACAACAAAUUACACGACCUCAGCCGCAUCAACAGUCGCCUUUACACUCGUCUCAAAAACCCAAUCAACAACCAAUUCAACUGUCACUUCUUGGUCCAUCACAAAAUGCAUCACGACAACCAAUUCAGUUUUCAGUUAUACAAACGCCUCAAAAUAUAUCAACUCAACAACCGUUUAAAUUAUCACUUCUUUGCCCGCCUCAAUAUGCAUCUCAACCAGUUCAAUUAUCACUUUUAAAUCAACCUGCAAAUACAACUCAAGAACCAGUAAAAUUAACACCGAUACGCCCAAAGGAGGAUGAAAUUUUAAAGCGUUUGAAAAUGUUAAAAAUGCAGCACAUGAGUACCGACUCAUCCAGAGCAGAAGAAUAUGUUAAAAUACAAACAUUAGGCGUAUUUGUACCACAUAAAGAUGGCCAUUUUGUGGCAAUGAACAAAGUUUUAUCAUCUAUCGAUCCUUUGGAUACUAAGCAAUAUGCGCCAUUAGAUUGGGUGGAACCUAUCGAGCCGCAGUUGCCUAUUAAGGCGCAUCCCAUACCAAAAGAACUUUACGAAACUACAGAUGAAGAGCUUAGUGAUGGUGACAUUGAGGUAGCAGAAAGUCCAGAGUAUUUAGAAUGGUCAGAUGAGGACACCAGCGAAGUUAAGACAAUUACUGGCAAGCGAAUAAAUGAAAACUUAAUAAACUAUGGUAAUACAAAAUGCCUGAAAAUCGCAAAUCAACAAGAUAGAAUUGAAGACGAUGAGGUGCAAUAUAAAGUGGAUGAUCCAGUUGUGGUUGAUACCAUUUUGGAUCAAUUGACAGCUGCUUUCCCCAAAGACAAUAAAAAGUAUACCAUAGUGCUUGCCAAAAAUAAUACCGUUAUCGAGUGUAAAAAACAACCGGAAACAACAAGCGAACCCCUAAAUAUUAUAACGCCCACUAUUGCGCCGCAAGUUGUUACGAAAGUGUUAGAGCCCACCGUGAAGACUAUAACGCCUAAAAAAAAGAAAGGAUCUAGCGAUGAAAUAGAUUUCGAAGAUAUGAUUGUUGGACAACAAAUACAAAAAAAUGAUGAAUAUAUGCGUGACAAAGAAAAAAUGCUAACGACAGCGGUAGUUUCAGCUGAAAAUUGGCAGCAAGUAAUGAGUGCCAUAAAAGAAGCAACGCCAAACACUGGAUUUGCGGAAAGUAGCGAAUGUGAUAGUGAUGAAGUAGCUAAAAGAGUAAGAAAAAUGGUUGAGGAAAUCAAGCAAGCUUGCGAACGGGAUAAACAAGGUAUAGGUGACGCGAAAAUUUCUAAGAAAGUGAGCGAGCCGUCAAAGACUGGUGAAAAAAUGGUGAAGUUUGUAGCAAAGAGCAUGCCGGUGUGUAAUCAGCCAGCAGUUAUUACGGCAGAAACAAUUAAAAAUAAUACAAAUCCCAAUAGAGUGAUAAUAAAAAGUAUAGAAAUAAUUAAACCAGCAGAUAUUGGCAUAAAAGUUUCAAAGGUUAUGGACAAACGUGCAACCGUUAAAAGUGUGACGAAUUUAAAAACGCACGCUGAGCAAAUUGCAACACCGCAGCUGAAAAAUGUGAAAAUUGCAUCAGUAAUGGUGCCACCAACAAAGGCGCAAGUUAUAUCACCAAGUAGACCUACCGCCAUAAAAGCUCCCAUAUUGCAACCAACUGAGUACGUAAACCACCACCACAACGCAAAUGAGGAUGAAUUCGAAAAUGUUAGUAUUGAAGAUUUAUUGGCAAAAGCGAAACGUUUGAUAAACGAAAGCGACACCAAAGUACCUAAUAACUCCGAGCUUUUAUUAGACAAUGCGGCGCUACUGGAAGAUGAUGCAGUACUCAAUAAAGAUGUUGCUAUUGAUCAGUGCAUCAUAGAUGCUGCUGAUACCACAUAUAACCCUCCUCUACCCUCUUGUAUUUUUAAGUGCAUAGACUUUGUGAAGCUCCACGCCUUUCCUUCAGCCGAAACAUCUACGUACCGUCGUCAUUUCUGGUUUAUGGAACUUGGCUUAGACAUUUCAGUUGAUUGGCUUAAACCACUGCACAUUUGUGAUAAACAUUUCGAUGAGAAUAUGUUUUUGACUGAUAAUACACUUAAAGAAUUCGCAUAUCCUUGUAAAGAGCUUAAGCCACCUCAACCCAAAUCAUUUCGUGUAGGACGCGCCGCUCAAACUCGUUAUGUGGGUGAUCAAUAUAAACAAAAUUUGUUGGAUGAAUUGACAAAAUUGAGUGAUUUAAAUAAUCGACAAAAUAUUGAAUUAAAUAGAAUUAAAGUUUUGAUACGCCUCAAGCAGGAGGCGGCACGUUUAGUGGCCGAAAUCAAGACUGCAAAAGAGUUGACAACGGAGCAAUUGAAUAAUUGAAGUUGGGAAGAUUUUCAAUAAUAUAUGUAUUAUUUUAUAAUACAUAUUUUUUUAUUUAAGUGGCUGUAGCUAAUAUAAUA